AUUAGUGACAAUGCAAAUCGAUCAAUGAUAAAUUAUAGUAAUAAACAAUAAAAAUGAUAAAAAAAUUAUAAGUUAUUUCAGAAAUGUAGGCUUAAACGGAGCCCACGUGGUUCAGCUACCAAUGCCUGGACCACCAGACGUAUGCUGUGGCAACACUACCAGCUGGAUCGGAGUAUGUACCAUACUCUUGCUCACCACAACGACCGUGAUCACCGGAUAUGUUCUAAGAAAACGGAGAUCAUCCAUAUUGAAGAGCCAGCGUCCGCCACGUACGCCACUGACGGAGCUGGAACUCAAUGUGGCCACACCACCCGACACCACCAAAAGCCGACGCGUCAGUUUCUCUCGGCGCACCGGCGUAGCAGAGUUUAUAACUGAUGAGGCAACAAACACAUGGAAAACUAUAUAUGUAGAGCAAAAUAAAUCAAUGGAAUCCUCUUUAAAUGACUCUGCAAAGAAUCCACCGAAACAAACAGUAGGACAUUUGGGCAAGAGGAUAUUUGAACAGCAGUUCCAAGAAGAAGAAUUUUACAACCUUGGUAAUAUUAUAACCUCCAACAAUCCUAUAGCACAGGAAUUAAACAUGUCUUUACGAGGAAAUCUAACUCAACAAUUUGCUGCCCUAGAGAGAGAUUUGGAUGACAGAAAUCUUGCAGCUCCUCAAACUAAUUUUGAACUAAGUUCCCUCACAGACCAUAAGAGUAAGAUCUUUGUGGAUGAUCUGACAAAUCCAACGCUGGGAGAAAUGUCUAACAAAAUCAAUAUUAAUUUCUCAUCUCUAGAACCUGUCGGCGCUGCUCAAGAUAAGUGUUACGAUUUAGAUGAAAUAGAAAAAGAUUUAUUAAUACCACGAUCUAAUUCUAGUCAACGACCUUUUGGUACAAUGACUAAUGUUUCAGAACAAAUUGAAUUUGAUAUCAAUAUGAAACCUGUUGUGAUGAACGACGAGUUUGACAUGUCAAUAACUGAUACUGUUCGCAAUCCACAAGUUGAAGAGGUAUUACAUAAUUACCAGACCAAAAAUGAAAAGAAACUAGACAUAGACAACGAUUGGACAUUAGAUAAAGAGAAUAUAGUUAUGAAUCCCUAUGUAGCACCAAAAGAAAGCAUCAAUUUUGCUAUUAAUGAAGAACCCCAGCAACUAUUAGUGUUUGAUGGAAAAAGAUUAACAUUACAAUCUGAACAUAAAAAUCCCUUUGAAGAAAAUGAAAAAGAAAAAGAUUUCAACAAAACUUUAUUACCUAAUGAUAUACCAGAUCGACCUCAACAAAGAAAAACGAUAGUUCUGAAUUUGAAUGAUGAUCUUCCCAAUUUUAUCGACGUGCCAGCUGCACCCGGUGUGUCCACAGCUGGGAAAAAUAUUACCACCAAUAAUGAACACCAAAAAAGAAAUAAAGAAAUCGACUUUUCCACCAUCAAUGUGAUAUCUAACAAAACAGACUUCACUAACUCACAUAGAACCAUAAUUUACGACAGUGGUGACAUAGCCAACAUUUCGGUAACGCAAGCAAUUAUCACAAACAUACUUUUAGAAAAAGAAAAGCGGAAGACGAUUGUCUAUGAUAAUGACGCUGGAGAGUUGUCUAUGACUCAAGCUUUACCCUCGAAUGUUUUAGCAGCGAGCAAAUGUGUUCAACAAAAUAAAACUGUUCUUUAUGAUGUUGAUAACAUUUCUAUUACCCAAGCUGUGCCUAUGAAUCUAUUGCUGCAUAAUAAAUCGACUGCUACCAGCAAAUCUGUAGGAACAUCUCAGAGUGAAUUCGACUUAUCUUUUACUCAAGCUGUUCCACAAAACAUGCUGAUUACCAAUAAAUCAAAUGAAUCUAAUAAAAGAAACACAAUCGUUUUUGAUAAAGAAAAAGCUGAUAUUUCAAUAACUCGAGUUUUGCCAUCGAAUAUACUUCUAUCUGACAUUAAUAAUGAUAAUCAUAGUUCACAACAAAAAGCAGAUGUACAAAAUCUUUCUCAAAUAAUUAAGACUUCUUAUAAUCGAGAAAUUCUCAUAGACAAGUCUGAUUCCGCACAUGUGACAUUACAAAGUAACACAACAUUAGGUGACAAGAAAGGAUCAAAAGAUUAUAAUAUGUCGGAAACUAAAAUGCUCUCGUUAAAUAUUUUAGCAGACAAUGAUACAGAAGAGAAAACUGCGGAACACAGAGUAAGUGAAGAAAGAAUGUCACGUAAGAGCGACAAAUAUAUCAGCAAUAUGUCAAUAACUGAAGCAGUACCUAAUGACAUACUAGUUGACAAUCCUGUGAUCGAAGAACAGACAUGUGACGAUGUUAAAGAUUGCGACAUAUCAAUGACACAAGCUAUUCCAUCGAAUAUUAUUUUAGAACAAAAGGAAAUUUCAGAACAUAAAGCAAUUAUUUCCACACUAACAUCUGCUGAAGCGGUGCCAAAUAAUAUAAAUACGAUCAACGCCAUGGACGAUCUUAAAAACAUCACAACUGCUGAUCUUACAAUAUAUGGAAAAAGUUUGCAGUACUCAGACAGACAAUUACAUCCAACUGUUUCUAAUGUUGUUAAAGACAUCAUAGAGGAAGUCGCUCAGAUACCUUCAGCAAGAAUGGAACAUUCCAGAAGCUAUGCUGAUAUGUCCAUGACGCAAGUAUUACAACCUGAUGAAGUAGGACAUAAGAGUGUAUCAAAAAGGGGAACCAUAGUAUUCAGCAACGAUGAAAUGGGCGACAUAUCGGUUACUCGUGCUAUUCCAACAAAUAUAUUGUUAAAUGAAAUAAAAUCCAAUAGAGAUAACACAUUAUUAAUAUUUGAAAAUGUAAAUAACUAUCCACUAUCAUCCGUAUCUGCAAGCGAAGGUAUGCUGACAAAGUCUGAAGAAAACGUGCCGUCAAAAAUAAACACGUCAUAUGCGGAUAUCCUGGCGCCAACAGACUCCACUGUGAGUCAUGGAAAUCCAAUUGAUGAUACGCACAAAAAUACAUUAGCAUUAAGAACGUUACAGCAAGCCAAGGAGGAACUACAAAAGAGUAUAGUAGAAAGCGAUAAUGCAAAUAAAGAUUUGUUACUAGACAACAUCUACAACGAUCACACAAAGCCGUUGUCCGACCACAAUGAGACUUUACUUAAUUCUAUGAAUUACAUAGAUUGUCUUGAUCAAAAAUUAGAAACACAUAGUCUCAAAUCAGCCACAGAGCACAAACAUAAAGAUGUUUUCGUAUAUCAAGCUGUAACAACACAUAAAGUUUCAAAGCACCAAGGAUUAAGAACCGAACAGGGUGAUGUCAAAAGCGAUAGAACUAUAAAUAGAUACGAAGAGAAUACGUCGAGAAAGUCAAACGCGGGUAAAGAAAGCGAAGUGAGUUUGUUAAUACACGACGUGUCAAAUUAUACAGGAGAAACUAAAAUGGCAGACGCCCAGCCAUCGGAACAAAAACAUAAAACGUCAAUACUAGCUGAACUGUUGAACAUGUCAGGCGAAUCCUUGAAUAUGUCACUUGAUGGUGUGGAUGAUAAAAAUGUAAUGGUAGGUCUAGAAUCAGAACUGGCCUUUCAAAAUUUCGCCGAAGAACAUGUAAAAGAAGAACCGAAAAUAGAGCCGGCAAAAUCUAUCGAGAGCACACCAGAGGAAUCAAAUAAUACUUCUUCUUUGAAGGAAGAUGUACCUAAGCAACCCAGUUAUAUUGCAGAUCAGAAAGAAGUUCGUAGUUGCAUUAUACAAGCAGAAAAUAUUCAUCGACCGCCAGUAAGUUUGGGUUACGAACAAGAAAAUGAACCACCGAAUAAAGAGGAGAUUGUAAGUUCUCAUUCUGACACCAAAAUUGAUGAAAAUAACGCGAAAGAACUCGAGAACGAAAACGAUGCCGAGGAUAAAUGUGUAAAAGAGGCCGAUGAUACUAAAGAACUGCUGGAAAUGUUGACGGAUUUCACAGAUAAAACUAUACCCAGCCAACAGGAGCUCGAUGCAAGUAAAUCGUCAAAAGAAAUCAUAGAUGUUCCCAUUGAAAUGCAAGAAAAAUCUGACGGAGAUACCAGUGACAGUAAAGAAAGUUGUGAUAAACUGCAGAAUGAUAUCGAAAUAAAACAGCUGCAGCCUUCGCAAGAAGCGAUGGAAGGCAUCGAAAGUGAAAACUAUUUCACUAACGAUGCAACAGUCGAGGACGCAGAUGAUGUCAUGUAUGAAGAGGUCAAUCUGCGUCGCAAGUCAGGUCACGUGAGCAGGGACGUCGUCAAGACAUUGCAAUUUGACGAAUCCAAUGAUGAAAUUAAAUGCAACUCCAAUUCAAUUCUAUUAAAAAAGACGGCUCCGGUCGAUAUCUCGAGCUCGAAAGACAGCAAAGCAAAAGUCAUUCCCACUUUCUUGAAUGAUGUUUCCGACGACCUCAAGUCUCUGAUGCAGGAUCUAGUGAAGCCAUCCGCGGAUCUGAUGCCCUACCACGUGCCCGGAGUCGACAGGUUAAAUAAGAAAUCCACUACGACCGUUAACAAAGAGUUGCAGACGAACAUAAUCACAUCCAGUCAAAUAGACAUCAUCGACAUUAAUUCCUACCCCGUAUCGGAAUCUAACAUAAUACUAACUCGCCGUCACGAGGACGACGAUGUUGAACAUACGGCUACCGACGCCGCCACUUCCGCCGACUCCGAGGUUGACUACUUUGUAGAAAGCGACAUAAAGAAACCCGGUACUAAACAGGUUUUGAUAUUUGAUCAUAAGAAUCCUUUAAAUAAUGUCAUAUUAUGUCCAUCGGGUAAGACGGAUAUACACAGAUAUUCCCCCAAAAAAUCUGACCUACAGCCGCACGGCAUAUCACCCAACAAAAACAAUCUGAAAAGUUCGCCGCGGGCCUCCUUUUUAGAGGAAACAUUAAAAGAGGAUAUGGAAAUUCAAAGAAUUUCCACUCAAUACAAUAUCGACACUAAACCUGUUCGCUUUGGUAAACAAUACAAUGGUAGAAUAUGUGAAGACUUGGAGGAACCGAUCGAAGAUAGAGAUAUUUUAUUGGCAAUGAAUAGUCGGAAAAAUAUUACAACUACCGAGGUCAAUACUUUGAUAGCCAUGAAAUGCAACAAAGACCUCCUGCAAGCGAGCUCGUCUCUGACACUAAUCGACGAGGAAACAUCUAAUGCUAAAUCUAAGUCGCCGGCCAAGUCGCCGAAAACGUCGCCCGUCAAAGUUAUAUUCAAACUGAACGAUGCAGAGGACGAAACUGUUGAAUCAAGUUUCGAGUCGAGCGACGCGGAGUCCACCAGAGCGCAGAAGAGGAACUAUAACCGUGCCAAGUACGACCAGUACAAAGUGUGCUCCGCCGACGUGACGCCCAGACCUCUCACCAAGAUGCAGAAAUUGUCCUCGAGUCCGAGAUAUACAGUCCAAAACUAUAGAACGGAAUCAAAUAAAUCUUUCGAUAAACCGUUUAAGAACGAGCCGACCAAGAGAUUUGCCAAAUCGAACCUUCUAAGUAGUACCAAACCUAAGGUGAGAACAACGACAAUAGUACAGCACGUCACGGUGUGUAAAUUGAACGCCGAAGAAAAAGAAAAACUUCUACUCCCAAGUAACGAUUUAGGAUCGAGCUCCUGCAGUACGUUGAAGACCGAGACGAUAUCGCGCAAAGAUCUGAAGGACUGCACGAGCACGGAGCUGACGUCCUUCACUAGCAGUAACGCGAUGAAAGAGAUGGAGUAUAUGCCGAGCUUGGUUACGGUGUCGGGCUCGCAGGAGACGCUCCACACCGACACCGACGACUGCAGCGACCUCAUGAGCCACAUCGAGUCGCUCUCCUUCUUGGGCAGCCGGGAGUGCGAGUGCGAGGGGUGCGAGCCGGACGCGUGGCGCUUCCUUCUGCUGCGCCGGCGGCUGCGGCUGACGGUGCGCGUCUUGCGUGACGUCACUGACCUGCCGCCUCCAGCGCCCCCAGCGCCCUCCGCACCCGUCAUCAGCAUCACCAUAGAGCCAGUGCAUCAAGAGUCUGAUGCGGUGGCGUGUGCUAGCGUGCGGUUGGCUUGCGAGGCGAUGCGGUACGAGUGCGUGCGCAGCGGCGGCGGGCGCGAGGCGGCGGAGGGCGCGGCGGAGGGUGCGGCGGGCGGCGGGCGCGGCGUGGGCGCGCUGCUGCGUCGCUGUGUGGGCGUGUCGCGCGCCGCCGCUCGCUGGGCGCGCCUGAUGGCCGACGCACGCGCCCACCUCGCCUUCUCACUGGCGCACUGCGGCAAGAUACUGCUCACUGUGGCGAACUUCCACAUGCGGCGCGUGUGGCAAGUGACGCUGCGUAUAGAGCUGGUGGUGGAGGACGCACGCGAGCUGGCGUGGCCGCGCGCCAGUCACGUGACGGUGCGCGAGGUGACGCCGGGUGCGGGGGGCGCGGGGAGCGCGGGGGGCACGCCCGCCGGCGACGACCCCGCCGUGCCCCCGCACGCGCCCGACCUGCGCCGCGUGCUGGCUCGCGUGCCCCACGACUGGGGACACGUGCCUAGGACCAUAUGGAAAAUCUUCAGACAUCUCAAAAACAAAACGGAGGAUGAUGAACUUUUCUGGCUACCUCAGAGUCGAUAACAUUUUC